AUGACAAGUACUAAUGAAUUAGAGAAACGACUACUUACACGAUGUUACGACUCCAAUGAAGAAAUACUUAACAUACUACAAACUCGAUAUUCAACCGAAGGAGAACAAAAACCAACCAUAUUAUUCAAACAUGUCAAAAAACCCACAAAGAACAAUCGAAAAUCCAUUCUAUUCACACCUACCUCAAAAACUGAUGACAAGAUUACCCAAGCUAGGAAACGAUCAACUAGAAAUGAAUUGAAACAAUACAUUAAUACUACAAUUACAAAUCAACGUAAACUAAUCAAAAAAAUACGAGGUUAUCAACGGCGCAAACAACCAUUUAGUGCUGAACCAAUGCUUGAUCAAUAUAGUAUUCCUAAAUUUGAAGAUUUCAUCAAAAUGAAUGAUUUUUGGCAAAGCUAUAUUCAAGACCUACUUGGUCUUAACGAAGGAACAUCCUUAAACACAUCUGUCAUAUUGUCUAAAUUAGUCAAUGCUGAUUUCAAUGGAUGUUUAUUGACAGUACUACAAUCACGAAACACUGAAGUUGUUGGAGCUAGAGGUAUCGUAGUAUGGGAUUGUCAACAUUCAUUUAUAAUGGUAGUACCACGUGGCGGGGACUAUAAAGAAUGGACCACACAAGUUGCAAAUACUGCUGAUGUAAUGAGAAAAUUGGACCCUGCUGCUUUAGUUGGUGGGUUGAAAAUUAUUCCUAAACAAUAUACUUUAUUUGGAUUUGAUGUUGUUUUACCAAAGAAGCAAGAUACCCAAGAGGGGGAUAUGGAAGUGGAUAAUGGACAGGCAGAUGAGGAAGAGAGUAUCGGAUUUACUUUAAUUGGAUCAAGGUUUGAAAUACGAAGUGUUGAACGAUCAGCUAAAAAGUUUAAAAACCAUGCAGUUGAUGAUCUACUAUAG